AUGGGGCUACCUGCUGGUACAGUCGUCGGUUUCAGCCGAAUGCCCUGCGCCACCGUUAAUGUUUGUGUGUGUCUGGAGAAUGUGGUUUGCUUUAAUGCCGACUGGAAACGUGGCUGGUAUCGUCUUCGUCAAAGUAAUGCGGCUUUUGAGGCGUGUGUUAUGGACCUCUUCGGAGGAAAGAUGAAUGUGCUCAAGAACCUGAUAACGAUUAUCGAACGCCUUCGAGCAAGGUAUUCCCGUGCCUCUUUGAGUCCAACUUAUCUCCAACGGGAAACCAUCACGAAGGAGCGUCUCGUUCAAUGGCUGAAGGAUAAUCAUGUGUUGUCAUUGCUGCUGCGUGAAAACCUACACCAGCCGCAGUACGUGGAGAGGGUUACCUGGGUCGUCCAGUUUCUCAUUGAAACCGGCGAACUGAGUCUAGAGGAUCUGGAUGAGAUAUGGGAGGCGCAGGUCGGCAAGCACGAGGCCAUCGUGAAGAAUGUCGAGGACAUGCUCGCCACUCUGGUGCGCUCUUUCACGCCUGAACAACUCGAUCGGCUCUUCGACUGCUUCAAGGCAAGCGCCCGCUCUACUAGGAGCUUCAUCUUCACCGCCAAUGAAUUCUCUUCAGCAAAUCCGACAGCGUCGGCCGUCGCCAGAUUGUUUUGUGAGGUUUCUUUGUCACUUGCCAACCACCCAGGUUCUAUCUCUACAUUUUCACUUUAUCAGAGAGCCUUCAAGACCACAAGUAAGCGACAGAGGGAGCGUCUCAUCGAUCUUAUCCGUCGUCUGACGGUGGACGGCCAUCCGGAGUUGGCGUUGAAGGCUCUGGACUUUCUCUGGGACCUUGCAAUCAGGCCUAGUUUCUUCGCCGAAAUCGCUGUGCCUGCGUUAAACGCACACAAAGACAUCCUGUCGAACAGUUUUACGUGCACUCACUCGGACGACCAAGCACUACUCUGGCUGCACAAGUUGUCGAAAGUCCUCAAAGACGACUCCAACGACUACGCUGUGGUUUGUGCCGCCCGCCAAAUAAUCAGCAUAUGCUCCAAAUUCAAGCCUUGUUGGUAUGCAUAUGAAUCGAGCCCCAUCUACCAACUGGCCGUUAACGAAGACCUCGUCCCUGUUUGUAUCACCAGUCUUAUCAACUACAUGGCCAAAUUCUCUCCCAAAGACUCCAAGGUGACUCAAGACCUGGGUAUUGAUUCAACAUCCUCGCAGCCGCCCUCGGCGACGUCAACUCUCAGCCGUGGUGACAUGAAUUCGACGACUUCGUCUGCGUCGAAUCACACCCUUGAGCAGACAAGGACCAGUGACGACGGCAUUGUCUCGCAGUCGGGCAAACCCGUCAGUAGUCGGCACUUUCCUCCGAUUCCGCACUCCGUUCAGAUUGAAGACCGACUGACUCUCCUUCGGUUCCUCGCCACGGAAGCCGGCGUCCCCCUGACCUUGGAACAACUGGACCAGCUCUGGCAAUGCCUCAUUGUCGACGCUGAGGACGAUCGGGACACCGCGAUCUCCUCCUCUGACGCCUCGGACACCGGCGAUUCCACGUCGUCGACUGCACCGGAUAGUCGAAAUGUUUGCUUUACGUGGUUCGAUCCGACGCUCAAUGAAUUGGUUCAACAGCAUGCUGCAGAAUUCUUCAAGAAGAACAUCCUGAAAAUUGAGCCCGAGGCUCUUACGCCUACUGGGAUGAAACUGUUCCGGUGUUUCUUCAACUACGUCAAUUGUGAACUUGGAAAGAUCGACGAAGUGCGAUUGCCGAGGCAGCACAUCGUCUUGCGGGACCCAGAUCUGGUCGGCGUGGACUACCUCUGGCGUCUGGUCCUGGCUGCUGACGAACGCGUUGCCAGAAUUGGCAUCGAGAUGCUUCAGGAGCUAUACACUAACCUCGACAACAGCCUGCUCAAUGGCCAGCGGAAUCUGCAUCUUGCCUUUAUCAAAAAGUGCUUCAAUUUCCUCUCCACAAGCUACCAACAUGUUCAUAAAGUGCUUCUGACACACGGCGAGACCUCGGCCGAUGGGAGUGUAUGUCACCUCUCCAGCUGUGCGCACCCAAAAAUCGUCCCCACGUGUUUAGCAGACACAGAACAGGACCUGAGGAACCUCGAUCGCGUCCUCCAGGUCCUUCGGCGGUUCCUCGUCGAGUGUGAUCUCCAAUUCCAGGUUCCGCAAAACCAUCUGCCUCUGUUCCAGUCGUGGUGCGGUUCCUCACUCACUCUACAUGUCACCUUUGGUACUGUUGUCAAAGCCUCUCCGGUGGACAAGCUGUUACAAAGCCUAGGCGUUUCAGACGGGCGUCGUUACGCGCCCACUACCCUCACUAUUGUUACUCACGCCAACGAGACACUGGGUCACCUCCGUUCCCGUCUGCUUGAUAUCCACCUAAGUCAACUCCUCGAUUCAUCGGUUCAUCCGACUUCAAGUGCCGGAGGCGAUGAAGCUCCUACCGCGAGCUUGGCCGCCUUGAAUCAAUUCGGGCUGGAGUUGCUUGAAAUGACCGGCUUACCUGGCAAUCUUUGUCUUUCCACCUACCUUAUUCUGGCAUCCUCGGAUCCGUCGGGUGAGGAGUUGACUGGGAGCAGUUACCUUGACGGCGAUGAGUCGGACUCGUCUUUUAGCACGUCUGGAGGGGCUGUGGGUAAAUUUAAGCCUGCAAUAACCCUCACGGCUCGUUUGUACCUGCGAGACGCGAAUCCGCCCGACGCGUCCCUCUCCGGCGGCUUUUGCGCGCGGUCUAAUGUCGACAGGCUGCAGCAACACAAAAUUCACUUCCCCCUAUCGUCUUCGGUUGAAAACUCUUCUGUGUCCUCUUCGAAUCCCGGCCCACCGCCCCCUCGGGGCAGCCUCUCGUCGCACUCUUGUUCCUACGACGACGACGACCAAUCAAAUCCGCAAAAUACUGUGCCAGAUGAGAACUCCAGUUUUCCGGGAUUUUACUCCCCUCACUCGUCCUCCGCUGGCUCCGCGCACAGCCCUGAUGGUGUGAUUGGCCCUUCGUCGCCGCCCCCCGCGGAAGCCCAACGCAACAGUAAGCGUCAUCGCUGUCGAAGUGCCGCGGUGUCACGAGGACCCGCGGCUGGCAACGGUUUUCCCGUCCGCUCUGCCAGCGCGAACAAAUUCCCCGUCACAGCUGUUGGUACAAACCCCAGUUCAACAGCUGGCGGAGACUGUGCCACUGUGGUCUCCCCCGCGGCCCUUGUCGAGCCAACUGAGUGUAAUCUUCCAGGUUACAUGAUUUCGGGGGAUCUUAGCUUCGUGCGACUUCUUUUCGACAUCAGCGACUUGGCUGUCUUUCUGGGCAUCCAACAGCUUCGUGACAUGGCCUUGGAUGUCCUCUUCUCCAUACCAGUAAGUUUGCAUCACCAAAAACUUCUCCGCAACGCACUGGAAACCAAGGAGGGCUUUGGCCAGUUCUCGGGUCUCUUCAAAUGCUCCCCGUCAGAACUGAUAAUGUCAUCCACACCAAACCAAGCUCCAAAUGGUUUCGAAUUGGCCAGUUUCACGCAGCAGCUGUAUUUCCUCCAGGUCCUCUAUUCCAUUCUUCAUCCAAGCAUGGAGCCCUAUUUCUCCGAUAAACCAGACCUCGAAUUCUUGGUGGACGUCAGCGCCGAAGCCUUCUGUCCUAUGGGUAGCUUCAAGCGCGUGUCUGGUGGUAACGUACCAUCCGGUGUACCGCCUUCUUUCCCUUCAUUGUUUCAGCUCGCCUUUCUGCGCAACGGUGGUCUGUCGGUUCUCCUGUCGGCGCCAGUGUUCGAUUUUCCCCUGGACGACCCGCUGUACCAUCUUAUCGUACUCUGGAUCUGUCGUAUUGCCUCGUUGUGCCUCAACUGCACUCUGGCUAGUCUCGUCGCUGUCUGCAAUGAUAACAGCCUUUGCUCUCAGAGGCUGGCCGCCUUCUGGCAGAUGGAACACACAUCGCCAUUGGCUGCUGAAGAAUAUCUUGUUCAUCGGCGAGCUGGAGCAUUCGCUGAAUAUGCGUGUCUGGCUUCGGUAACGAAGGAGGAGAUCUUGUCCGUGUGGUUGCAAAUUCCGCCGAUGUCGGCCGAGCGCCUACGCAAUGUCUGCUGGUUGGCCAGUUCCGCGUCCCUCGGACACGCCUCUGGCACCCCUGCGACCGCAGCCUCAAUCCAACCGCAUGAGAUGCAUGCGGCCGUGGUCGAGGCCGCGCAGGAGGCUGCAGCGAGUGCAAUGUGCGUCCAACGCAGGCCCGCCACCCUGCACUCCCACGACAGCGGCUGCGCCUCGCCUCUCGCCGAUACUUCCUGCCAGUCUGCACCACCCAGCGUCACGUGCACCUUCUCCACCACUUGCGGCCUCCAGUCGGCUGCAUUGCAAGCCUUCCUCCAGAGUGGACGAGUCCAUCCAUCCCUGCAUUCACCGGGUUGCCUACGCCUGCUUCUACCAAAAGGCGUCCCCUGCCACGCGCUCCCACCCCACGCACCUUCCAUCUUGGCCCUCCAGUCCGGCCGAACCCCGGGCUGCUUGUCCCUUGACGCGUUGGAGACCCUUUGUCUCCUUCUCACUUUGGCCCCUGACGCCCCGCUACGGAGCCUCCUCGCCCCGAAUCAGGUCGUCUCCUCGUCGGAUCACGAAGUCCUCCCGCCGUGGCUCAGUUUUCUCCACGAUCUCCUCAUUCUAUCUCCUUCGAAGAUUUUACGGCAGGUCGCCCGAUCGCGUGUCACUACCGUGGUCACUCGGGGCUUGGCGGUGGCUAGUUCUCUCAUCGCGGAACCUCUAGAUGUGUCCUUGUCGAUAUGGAAUGUGGAUGCCAUCGAAUGCGUCAUUCACUCACUAGUCGAGGCCCUGGAGGUAAAUGAAUCCGAUCGUAACGCCCACACGACAGAUUGUACGGACGUGCUCAUUCAACUCCUCAAAUUCUCGCACUCAGAGUUACUACCCCUCGGCAGUGCCGAAGCCCUUUUCAGAAAAGAAUGGACUUGGCUGUCAAAUAAGAUCUCCACUCCGGGCGAGGGUGCACCCGAAUCAGACGGUGUUUCCACUCCCGCCCACCUCGCGAUCCCCAGUCUCGUGUGUUCGCACCUUCGUCUAUGUACUGCUCUCCUACCAUUCCAGAAUGAGGCAGUGUUUAGCGAGUCCGCUGUCGAACCCAUCGGCCUCGCCCCCAUAAAGGUAAGCUCUCUUCUUCCACCUCCCCCCCAAAACAACCUCCCAAUCGAUCGAGACUACCGUGCUUCCCGAUCCCUCGGUUUGUACCGUCUCGCAAUUGUGUUGUCGCGAUUUGUAAAGUUUGGUCAUGUGUCAACGGACUGGCCAAUCCCAAAGCAAGCCCCUCUCACCUCGCCUGAAGUCCUGUUCCCAGCUACAGUCCUCAUUCUAUCCCUGGCAGCUCUCCUGGAGGUGGUCAUGUUCCCAGCCUCGAAGCGUUUUGCUGAACUGCGCAAAGCAGCCGCGUCGACAGCGGUCGAUAAAACCCAGACGGUGUCGGCGAACGCCCUGCUGGCCGUCGGCAGGGUUCUGGCAACCUGCCCCGACAACGUCCUCGCAGCGGCCUUCAACCUCCUCCUCGAGCUGGUCUACUGUGCUCCCCGGGUGUACCUCCCUUUCCUUGCGGACCACCUCUCUUCCCUCCUCUUCUGCCCCGAACUUCGCCGUCCGCUCACAGAUUGGGAAGCCUCGGAUAUCGCCUCCUCGAAUUUCCGUUCCUCAGUGGACAGUCGUCAACGACACUCCGAUCUCCUGAACUCCAGUGGCAGUGGUGGCGACCUCGGCGGGGCGGGAUUUGUGGGUUUGAAGAACGCCGGUGCAACCUGCUACAUGAACUCGGUGCUGCAACAGCUCUUCUCCAUCCUCCCCGUUCGCUUUGCUGUGCUUUCCGCUCCCGUGACUGAGGCUCUAGAGAAGGCCGGAAUCGACCCAAGCACCCUAACCGUGCCGUCCACCUUUGGACACCAGAGCUCUUCCUCAACAUGGCCUCCAAAAAGUAGCCUCAACGAGUCCCAACUCAGCCACCUGUGUGUGCUCCACUCGCUGCAGGAUAUGUUCGCGUUUUUGGCCUACUCCAAGCGGAAAUUCUACGAGCCUAAACAAUUUUGGAGGCAUUUCAAACUUGGGGGCGAGAGAGUGAAUUGUUCGGAGCAGCACGAUGCCCAGGAAUUCUUCAGUUCCCUCGUCGACAACGUGGAUGAAGCGAUGAAGCUCUGCGGUGUGCCAAAGGCCAUUGAGAAUGUCAUCGGCGGUGCCUUCGAGGACCAAAAGAUCUGCAUUGACUGCCCGCACAGGUACCAACGUGAGGAGUCGUUUUUGGCGGUGAGCGUUGACGUCAACAACAACUCAACCCUCUGCGAAUCCCUGGAGGAGUACGUGAAAAGCGACCUGCUUGAUGGCGACAACGCCUACCACUGCGACCAGUGCGACAAGAAGGUUGCUGUGCGCAAACGAAUGUGCAUCAAACGGCUGCCGCACAUUCUCACCAUCCACCUCAAACGCUUCAACUACGACUGGGAACGGUGCGCAUCCGUGACUGCCAUCAAGUUGCCCUCAGCUGGAAUUGGCACUCGUCUAGCCUGUCGCAUUGUCUUCUCUUGUAGGCACACUGCAAUCAAGUCGAACAGCUACUUCUCCUUCCCCCGCGAACUUGACAUGGCGCCGUACACCGUUGAGGGUCUGGCUUCACGCGACGUCGUAGUCGAGGACGCAGGCUCCUUAGCAAGCGCCUCUGCUUCCGCCGAGGACACCGCGUCCCACGCCUCCCCUGUUCCUCCUGCCCAGCCCAAUUCCGCUUCGAAGCAGCCCACUCGCUACACCCUCCGCGGUGUCGUUGUGCACUACGGCCAGGCAUCAGCUGGGCACUAUUACUCCUACAUCCUGCAUAAGAGGCCUGACACGGGAACCUACCAGUGGUACAAAUACGAUGACACACAUGUUACCGCGGUUCACAUGGAUUCGUCGUCUUUGGAGCGGAAUGAGUGGUUCGGUGGGGAAUACACGUCGCCGUACUCCUUGCACACCUCCAUUGGACCCACCAUGCGCUGCUGGAGCGCCUACAUGCUCUUCUACGAGCGGGAGGACUUCCAGGUUAACUUCUCCAUCGCCGACAUCUGCCGUUCCAUGGAGUCGGUCGUGCUCAGUGAGUAG